GGUGAUCUUGUUAGAUUUUAUGAGAAGGCAACCUGCUAUAUAAGGAGGUCCAGACGCGGUGUCUCGGCCAGUUCAGUUUGCCAUCGUUUGCCGAUAUCGUCCAGAAGUGCCGAAUCAACCUUAAAAAUCGUCAACAUGAAAUUUUUGAUCGCCCUCGCCGUUGCCCUGUUGGCCGUGGUUGCCUCGGAAGCCCGCCCCGAAGUGAUGGUCAAGACCCAGGAGCUGGACAUUGCCGCCGACGGAACCUUCAAGCACAACCUCGAACUGGACGACGGAACGGUGGCCCGUGCCGAGGGAGAUGCCAACAACGUCAACGGAUACUACAAGUACCCGACGCCGGAGGGUGAAACCGUCGAGGUGACCUACGUGGCAGAUGCGCUCGGUUACCAUCCCCAGGGCAAGUACGUGCCGGCUCAGCUGGCCAAGGUGCUGAACUACAUCCGUACGAACCUGAAGCCGGAAUAAAGUGGUGAUCGGUUGAUGGCACUUGAAAA